ACCCAAUAGAAGAAGACGAAGAAGAAGGAGCACCAAUAGCCAGAGACCCAAACGGGAAGUGAUAUUCAACCAGGAUGAACGGGACAACGUGAAUGUCAACUAGUGUUUUAUAAACUGAAUUUAACCGUCAUAAUGAAGAAAUCGUCUACCUCUUUUGUAUUUUAGUAAUUGUAGCUCCAUAUUGCAUAAUAUAGCGUCUGUAACUAAACUAUUUAUUUGUUCAACGUCUAAAUUUCGAGGCAUAUAGUAACAAUGUUGCCGGCUAAUAGGUUGUGGUUGUCUGAAGCAGCUCUUGGAAUGUUGCAAAGCCUUCGAUAUUACUGCCAGGAGACACCCAGAAAGCUCCGAAUAUGCGAGGCAAUCUCAAAUUUAGAAGUGGGAACAAAAAUCAAAGUGCAGGGCUGGGUUCGCUCUGUGAGACCCCAGAAGGAGAAUCUGUUCCUCCAUGUGAAUGACGGGAGCUCCCUUCAGUCUCUACAGGUAGUGGCCAGCUCAGAGCUCAACCACAGACUGCUGACGUUUGGGAGUGCUGUGGAGAUCUCAGGAAGCCUGGUCACGAGUCCCAGCCGCAAGCAGGACGUGGAACUGCAGGCUGACCAGAUAGAUGUGGUUGGAGAAUGUAACCCUGUGGACUUCCCCUUUAAGAUCAAGGAGAAACAUGGUCUGGAAUACAUCCGUCAGUUUCCCCACCUGAGGUGUAAAACCAACGCCUUCAGUUCCCUGCUGAGAAUACGCAGCGAAGCCACCGCUGCUAUACAGCAAUAUUUCAAGGAGAAGGGCUUUAUUCAGGUCCACACCCCAGUCCUCACCUCUAAUGACUGUGAAGGGGCAGGAGAGCUCUUCCAGGUUGAGCCUGCAGGUCAGGAGAAGAACCAGGAUGAGGAAGGGCACCAACACUUCUUCUCUGUCCCAGCGUACCUGACUGUCUCUGGGCAGCUGCAUCUGGAGGUCAUGGCUGGGGCGUUUCCUGGAGUGUACGCUUUUGGACCAACGUUCCGGGCAGAGAACUCUCAGAGCAGACGUCACCUGGCUGAAUUCUACAUGGUGGAGGCAGAGAUCUCCUUCACACAGUCACUCGAGGAUCUAAUGAAGGUGAUGGAAGACUUGUUCAGGUCUACAACAGAACAUCUCCUAUCUCAGUGUCCUGAAGAUGUGGCUUUAUAUCACAAACAUGUGUCACCUGGAUAUAGGGACUAUGUGGAUCUAAUGAUGAAGAAGAGGUUUAAUGUGAUAACCUACACAGAAGCCAUAAACAUCCUCAACAGCAGCUCCAAGAAAUUUGCUUUCAAAACAGAUUGGGGCUCUGACUUGCAGACAGAGCAUGAGAAGUACCUGGUGAAACAUUGUGGCGAUGUUCCUCUCUUCGUCACUGAUUAUCCCUAUGCCCUGAAGCCCUUCUACACACGAGACAACCAGGACCAGCCUCUACACACUGCAGCAGCAGUAGACCUAUUGGUCCCCGGAGUAGGAGAGAUGUGUGGAGGUUCUCUGAGAGAGGAGAGACUGGACCUACUGAAGUCACGUCUAGCACAGGCUGGUUUGGAUGAGACAUACGGAUGGUAUUUGGAUCUGAGGCGGUUUGGUUCUGUCCCUCACGGUGGGUUUGGUAUGGGCUUUGAGCGCUACCUGCAGUGUGUUUUGGGGGUCGACAACAUCAAAGACGUUAUUCCAUUCCCCAGAUACUCCCGCUCUUGCCUUCUGUAAACUAUACACUGAGUAUACCAAACAUUAAGAACACCUUACUAAUAUUGAGUUGCACGCCCCCCCGUUUGCCUUCAGAACAGCCUCAAUUCAUUGGGGCAUGGACUCUACAAGGUCUUUAAAGCGUUCCACAGAGAUGUUGGCCCAUGUUGACUCCAAUUCUUUGUACUGUUGUCUAGCUGGAUGUCCUUUGGGUGGUGGACCAUUCGGGUUACACACAGGAAACUGUUGAGUGUGUAAAACCCAGCAGCGUUGCAGUUCUUGACACAAACCGGUGCACCUGGCACCUACUACCAUACCCCCGUUUAAAGGCACUUAAAUAUAUCUUGUCUUGCCCAUUCAUCCUCUGAAUAGCACACAGACACAAUCCAUGUCUCAGUUGUCUCAAGGCAAAAAAAAUCCUUCUUUAACCCGACUCCUCCCCUUCAUCUACACUGAUUGGAGUGGAUUUAACAGGUGACAUCAAUAAGGGAUCAUAUCCUGGAUUCACCUGGUCUGUCUGUCAUGGAAAAAGCAGGUGUUCCUAAUGUUUUGACCACUCAAUGGAUGUGUCACUAUGGUCAGAUGAUUCUUUUUGUAAAGAUGUCACUGUUUUUUGAUUUAUAAAAUGUUAAAAUGAUCAAA